UUUAUAAUGAGCUCAAUCACGCCCAUGUCGUUUAUAGUCAAUUGUGCUGUACCGACCUGCACACACUCAAUUUUUCAUAGCAGCAUCAUGUCAUCCUUCAGCAACCUUUUCCAGGUUUUGGUGGCUGGGUUCCUCCUGACGGCCGUUGCGGCUAAUCCACCCCAUGUCCGGCUUGGUGGUCUCCAGCGGGCCGUCUGCCCGGAAGAUUAUUCGCCGUGCGUUUGCGACCUGACAGCCAACGGCCUGGAAAUUUCCUGCGUGGACGUGACCGUCGCUCAAAUAGUCGACGUCUUUUACCGGACGCGAACGCUGGACAUUUACUCAGUUGCGCUGACGGCCACUUCGGCCACCGCCUCCAUCGACCUUCCGGCCGAUCUCCUGAAGGACAAACGGGCCGAGCGCAUUUACCUCAACUGUCCGGCGGCCGCCUCGCCCAAAUUGGGUCUGACCAUCGAUCCAGCCUCUUUUGAAUUCACGCGGUUCAACACGACCAUUUUCGAGAUUCACGACUGCGAUCUGGUCGCCCAAACGAGCCUCUCCUUUCUGACUGGGUUCACCGUCCUGGACUCGCUGCGCAUCGUCGACACGUUGAACGUGGCCUCCAUCGCCACCCUUCCGGCCAACACCUUGACGCUCCUUAAGGAGCUCUCCAUCGAACGAUGCACUGGGCUGGAGACGGCGGCCUUCCCGGACUUGACUCCCGCCCGACUGGAGCGGCUCUUUCUCAGCGGCAACGCCUUGACCGACGCUGCGGCCAACAGCAUUCUGAUCUCGGUGGGCAGUUCUUCGUCGGCCAACACCCUGGUCCAUUUCUCCUUGGCCUCCAACGCCCUGACCAAAGUGCCCAGGAUCGCUUCUUUCUCCAAAUUGGUUUCCUAUGACGUCAGCGACAACGUCAUCCCUUUCAUCAGCCAAUCGGCGCUCCUGUUCAGCUCCCGCGUCGUCUCCCUCAACCUCACCAACAUCGCCCUGACGGCCAUCGAAGGCGGCGCUUUCUCAGGUGACUUUACUUUCGCCCAAGUCGAAGUGGAGGGCAACAAAUUGACGGAAUUCAGAGCGGAUGUCUUCAAAUCGAUGCUGCAACAGAUGGCCGCCCAACCGGCCGGCUCUGGAGGCCAAGUCGUCGUCACUGGAAAUAAUUUUGAUUGCGGCUGUCCUCUGGCCUGGCUGAUCCGCGACAACGCCUUUCUCAUCCCCAGUGUCAAGAACGGAGUGUGCGGCGGAUUCUUUAGAUUCGAGGAUCUCAAUCCCGAUUCGUACGCCGACUGUCCUUAAGUUAGUCCUUCAUUCCAGACCUGAUGCGCCAAAACCCAACUAUUAUUCAAAUUGUAUUACUACCUUAUUAAAAUAGAAAAGAAACGAAUGUUAUUAUUAAUUCCCUUUUUCACGUUUAUCUUAUUUCAUUUUUGGGUGUUGCCGGUUGAGUUUAAAAAGCCAAAAGUGAAUAAACUUGUUGUGCAGUG